CUGUAAGAGGACACCAGUCUGGACAAGAAAACUGUGUCUACAAAUACGUGCUAGCUAAAGAGAGGCACAUGAAAACAUAGCUAACGCAGUUUUUAAAAAAGAAAAACUAUCUAAAAACUUAAGUAGCAGCGGAGAAAAGCAGGGAGAGCCAACAUGAAGUUUUGUUUGAGGAUUGUUUUACUUCUUUUUCUCGUUACUGGAACUUUAACAGACGGCGGAUUUGAUCUGUCUGAUGCUCUUGAUUUAGGUGACUCAGCAACCUCAGCCCCCAAGGAGCCCCCGAAGGCCCCAGAGAAGCCUAAAUCUGAUGAUUUGACACCGGCUGAGAAACCCAAGAAACCAAGUUCUGGAGAUUCUGGUGGAUUUGGAUUUGACCUGGGGGACGCUCUGGGUCCAGAUGUGCCACCGACUAAGAAACCCAAGAAGCCAAGUUCUGGAGAUUCUGGUGGCAUUGGAUUUGACCUGGAGGAUGCUCUGGGUCCAGACCCUAACCCCAAACCUGACAAACCUGCUGUCAACCCACCAAAGAAUGGUGGAGGCGGUGGAACGUUUGAUGACUCCGAUUUGAUAGGUGUUGGAGAUGGGGACUACAAGCCUGACGGGGGCCGCUCAGGAGGAGGCGGUGCUAUGGACCCUGGAAAUGAUCAUCACGGUGGUGCCGAUCAGCCUCAAGAUCCAGACCUUCUGUGGGGCCAAAUCCUGAAGAUGCUAAAUGCUAACAUGCCAGAGGAAUUCUAUAUGUGGAUGUCCAACUUAAAGCAAAUCUUAACACCUCUGCUAGAGAGGGCCAUGGAACUGCUGCAGGCCAUGCCAUGAGCCAUCAGUCCAUUAAUGUUCUGAUUGGCUGUCAGGUCUGAGGUUGCACUCAAUUAGCGGUUUACAAAAUGUUUGAUGGACUCGAGGUUGAAAAAAAAAAUAUAGUAGUUCUCUGAAAACUGGGUGCUUAAGCUUAUCAUAUUACAGGAAGUGGACAUAAUAACAGAAGCACUCACACCAACAAAUGUGGUAAUGUGGUAUCAACCUUUGUGACUGACUGACUGAGUGAUCAUAGUUCCACCAUUGGUCAGCCGAUUUUAUUUUGUCCAUCCCCUUUACAUUAGUGCAAGAAUGACAACUACGGAUGAGCCCAGAGACCAUGCUAGAUCAGCUAGUAGCUAUUAGCAGCGUACAAGUUGCUGUCAAAGUUUACAUAGAAACAAGAGAAUGUAACAGUCUCUGCGGCCUUUGACCUCUGGUUUACUCUCAACAAACAACACAGCAUUGACUUUCUCCUGUGAGUCCAGACUUAACAGACACCCUGUAUCUGGGUGUGUACAUACUUUACUUUUUCUUACCCUCUCCACCCUGCUCUCCUCUUUAUGGUUUGCCAUGACUCAUUCAUGUGUUGUUGUUAUGCAAUAUUUAUGUUGCAGUAAAGGGUGAACACCUGUUACCUGAUAUGCAGGGUACUUUCCUUUUCAUUUUUGUUUAUGUUGGUUGUUUUGAUGCUGGUAGGUCAUUGUUUUCCUGGUAUUUAAAUAAGCUCAUGUGCAGGAAAUGUGUGUGAGCCAUUUCCUGCACAUAAUAACCAGGAUCUGUUAAGUUAAAUUUCAUGUAUUGGUCUGUGAGCUGCACUUUAGAAAAUAACAUAAUGUUUACAUCCGUAGAAACAAAGUGUUCGUGAGUCUCAUUACUCCAUGUCCGGACACGCCCUGGAUCCUUUACACAUUCUUUACAUACCAUUCAAAGUGCUCCGCUGACAGAUCCAACAUGUUGAGGUGUGAACCUCCAAGAUGUUUGUUCUUAUCAUGUAGAAUCAUUCAUUUUCUUUGGAUAAACUUCGCUUUUAGAUGUUUGAUCAGAUGAUGUUUUUCCCUCUGGUACUUUGUAGCUUGUGAAUAGUUCUUUGUUUACUCUGGUAACUGGUAGUGUAUUUAUUUCUGAUGUCUUCUCUGUAGUUGUAACUUUUCUUAUUGUUGCCUUGAGUCUUUCAUGGGAUUUGUGACAUUGCUGCAAUGACAGGAAGUUUUGAAAUAAUGAAUAAAACAAACAGCAACCAUGUUACUUAGAAGUCAACAAAACAAUGAUUCAAACUAAAGUAAGUUUUGGUUAAUUUGAAUAAAAGGUCAUGAAAAAAAUCUAGGAAUAAGACCUU